UCUGCCUUAGAAGGAAACUGAAUAUUCUCUGAUCUCGGUAGGUUUUGUUUUACUAAACCUGUUUUUGCUUGACUUUUAGACUACGACUGUUUAUGCACAGUAAAUGGGUAAGAACAAUAAAGUGACAUUUAUAUAAAUGUGAAACUAUCAUAGACAAGCAGUAAAGCUUCCGAGUAAGAAAUAAAAACAGCACUGGACUGAUCUGCUGUCCUGUCUGGGAAAAAGACCUGAAACGUGUGUCAUGGCCAGGGCUCAGCCCAUUAAAAGCAGCCUCCACUGGGCAGACAGAGGAUUUCCAAUGGGGACCCCUACUUUAAAAAUUCCUUCUCUCCAACAGCUGCUGAGGGUGUGUGUGUGUGUGUGUGUGUGUGUGUGUGUGUGUGUGUGUGAGAGAGAGAGAGAGAGAGACUUUAGCAGGAAUACAUUAGCCCAUUUGUCAUUUUAUCAUCAUGUUGCAUAAUAAGUGAUAAUCAUAAACCUAUCAAAUAUCUGAUUUAGAAAGAACCUAAUAGAUCAAAUAAUAGUUCAUUCUCUUAAUUUAUAGUUGAGGAUAAUGAGAUUUAGAGAAUCUACCCAUUAGUGGCAGAGCCAGUGCCAAAGCCCAGGCUUGUUAAUCUUGGACAUGCAAAUUAAUACAGGUUUGAUUCAUGUCUCCAGGAGGCUUACAAUGCAUUUGGAAGCCAGGACCUGUUCAGUGGGAACCAAAAAUGACAACCUAGGGGUUCAAACUUUCCAUAGUUUAAUACUCUUGAUGGCAAGAGAGGGGGAACUCAGCUGAGCACAUGAUGGUCAGGUUGCAAUAGUUUUCCAGAUACGUUAAUGAAAGAAUUAGUGGCAGGUAUCACCUCAUUGCCAAGAUGCUUCUGGUGCUUUUCCACACACACAGUCUUUGUACCCAAGAGGAGAACACCCUGAAGAACACGUUUGACUCUCGAUUGUUAUGUUAGGCACGAAAUAGCCACCGAUUCAAAACUCAGCUCCAGCUGCUACCAAUUCCAGCACAGAGGAUCUUUCUGGAGAGUUAUUAGAACAUACUGUAACCACCAGGAGUCACUAAAUCCUCUUACCUUUGGGGACCCCUAUUCUGGUGACAUUGAUUUUAUUGUGGCAAAUGCUGAGGAAAAUACGGGCUGUGGUCAUGAAGUAUGGCGACAUAGGCUCACUGUGCCCUGAAGGCCCAGGUGUGGGUGUAGGCCACUCCUCUACCCUCCCUCAGCCCACGCUGAGUUAGCAGCAAACGCAUGAGCACAACGAAGCGGAUUUACUAUUCCAUUUAGUACGUGGAAGAGGACAAAUGACACGACAGCCAAAUUUAUAUUUCCUCGGAAUCAAGUCAAUCUUGCGAAAGGCUCUUUUCCAAAGGCUCACCGCGAAGAGGCCAGCAGGGGGAGGAGAAAUGGCCGAGCCCCGACCCCAGGACGCCUCGCCGUCCCCGUCUUCCGCUCUUGACAAUGAGCGAGCUCCGUGGAACGGGCGGGGACACGGCUCUGUCUGGUCGUCACAGAUGGACACAUCUAUCAGCAUGUCAGCAUGGCCCUGGCAGUCCCUCCACUUCCAGCGUGCUUAUGCUCCACGAGCUCAUCCAAUUAGAGCACCAGGCCUGGUGCUGUGAAGUUACCGCUAUCAGAAUCGGUACAUGGAGGAGAAUAGGCCCGGGUCGACUAGAUGGAACACUGUGGUCCUCUUCCAGAGAAGAAAAGUUACAGCGCUUGAAGAGAGCAUAUAAAGCCAGUGUUAGAAAUACUGAAAUGGAAUCAACAGUGUUUGUGGCUGAGUGUAGAUUUUGUGGUCUAAAAGAUUUCCUGUAAGUGGAAGUGAAGUCCAGUGGCCUCCCUCAAUCAGCUACAAGUCAAGAAUACUUUAUGGCAAUACGCACAGAGAGAGGCAGAGACACAGGCAGAGGGAGAAGCAGGCUCCCGCGGGACUCGAUCCCUGGACCUGGGUAACACGGCCGGAGCCCAAGGCAGACGCCCAUCCACUGAGGCACCCAGGCGCCCCCCAUACAUGACUUUUUAUGUAAACAAGGGUCUCUAGGAGCCAUUGUACUACCUCAAAGGAGUGACUCACUGAAUUUGGACUGAUGCGAAGUCGAUCUUCCUGCAUCCCCCUGGGACAAGGAGGACAACCUUGUGUCCACGUGGAUGGCCGCUUCCUAUCUCUGUGAUGAGCAUCAGCUCUCACCACAAAUCUCACUUCACCAGGAAGACUUCCUUGUAUGAUGACCUCGACUCAUCCACUGUACUUCAUUUCCCUGCAGCACAUUGACCACACUAUAAAUUAGAUUUCUGGUUUCUUUACGUAUUAACAUAUAUAUUAUUUUACAGAUAUUAAUGAGUGGAGGUACACACUGAGCAUCUCUCUCCAUUAGCACUGUAAGCACCGUAAGAACAGAGACCUUGUUUGUGGUUUUCUUGCUGUUCCUCCAGCACUGAGGCUAGGACCUGCCAUAGGGGCGGUCCAGACGUAUUUGCCACAUCAAUAAAUGAAUGAAUGAAAGCAAUGGCCAUUAACUCUCAUUUACCAUGAAAAAUGGCUACAGCAAAUUUCUCUGGUUCUCUCAUUCCCCGGCCCCACUAAUGGCUUGGAAUUCCUAAAGGCCCUUAGAGCAUCUCGAACUGUCCAAAUGGGAAAAGGUAAAGCCUUAGAGGCAGGCCUUCCUUCACUGUGAGGCUCAGGCCCUACCUCUGCUGGAUCUCCAGCCCCUGGACCCUUUUGUGCAAUAGGUGUACAAUAGGUGUGCAAGCUCCUGGAAGUGUGGCCACAGACACCCGGACGUCGCUGUUGUUAUGCUGAUCUCGUUAUCCUGAAAAAGAACAGCGGAAAUCCAAUGUUGCUUUAACAAAGAUUACAGCAAAGGGAAAUAGUGGCAUUCACAGAAUUGUUCUCCACUGGAAGGCUAAACCUUCAGAAUAAUGUAAAUCCACUGUACAAUGCGGCAUGAAUGAAUUCAUUUAUGGUUCUG